AUGUUUAGAUCACAAGUAGCAGUUGUUUGGUUUCUCUUCUUUUUCCUGGUCUGCAAUGCGGGAGAUCAAGAAGUGGCAGCUGAGACUCUUGAGUUUUCAAGUAAAGAUAUCGUUGUAAAUACACUAUCUGUCCGUGUUAAGGAGUGGGAUGAAAUAAUUGAAAAUAAGGGAGUAGCACAAUCCCUAAAGCUUCUGGAUAGAUAUUGUGCAAACGUUGUGGAUGUGGUGAAGGAAUUGGAACCAAAAUUGAGUUCUGCUACUUUGUCAUGUGAUAUCGAUCACUCACAAAGGCCAAAUGAUACUCGUGUCGAUACUGUUAACGUUGAACUGGCAGUGUUAUCGAGUGAAAUGGAAAAAGUAUUUUCGUCGAAAACCUGGUUCCCAUCGUUGAAGAAUACACUUGAAUCGGGUAAUGUGAAUGUGAAUAGCGCGUGGAUAAUUGAUAUCGUUUCAGUGAGUGAUCCAACAGCCGUUGGCCGUGAAUCCUAUCUGUUCCAAAAAACCUAUCCUACGAGUUCAGUAACUACUGAUAAGUGCCCUGAGCUGAAGAUCAUUAUGUCGAAUAUAUAUACUGGAUUCGGUGAAACAAUGACGAACUGCUUCUUCGAUGUGUCGACAGGAGAUAUAAGCACGAGAAUGGACUACCGAGAACUUAUGAAGAAAGGGUAUUGCUGUUCAGAGUAUAAUAUAUAUAGAAGAAUUUACUGGUCUAUUUAUGAAUUACUAUACAAGGGUGAAAGCGAUGGAAAAACGACCAUACAGAGCGAAAUAUCUCAACCUGGAACAACAACUGAUAAAGUAGAAACGUCUCUCGGUGAGAAGUCGACCAUACAGAGCGAAGUAUCUCAACCUGAGAAAAAGAUUGACGAGGAACAAACGUCUCUCGGUUUGCCGUCAAUUAUACGAAUCUCUGAAUUAGAAAACUUGAAACUGAACUAUACAGGUCACUGUAUCUAUGCUUCGUUUCCAUCUGAUGACCCAAUCAAAUCAAAUUAA